AUGGAGAGAGCAGCCGCCAGACAGCAGAGCAUCAAGCCAGGCCCUGAGCUGGGGGGAGAGUUCCCAGUGCAGGACAUGAAGACAGGGGAAGGCGGCCUCCUACAGGUCACUCUGGAGGGAAUCAACCUCAAGUUUAUGCACAGCCAGGUUUUCAUAGAGCUGAGUCACAUUAAAAAGUGCAAUACAGUGAAGGGAGUCUUUGUCCUGGAGGAAUUUGUUCCUGAAACUAAAGAAGUGGUGAUCCACAAGUACAAGACGCCCAUGGCUCAUCAGAUCUGCUACUCUGUCCUCUGCUUGUUCUCCUAUGUGGCGGCCGUCAAGGGGAAGGAGGCGGAGGGCAGGCCCAAACUGAUGUCCCCGCGGCCCUUGCCCAGCUAG